AUGAAAACCAUUUAUAUUUGUAUUUCAAUAUUCUAUUUUUACUCUGGUUCAUAUGCUGACGUCCUGGAAAACAGCGUGAGUGGCGAGUUUCUCACAGAUUUAGCACAUCAAUCUGAUACUGAAUAUGAAUGGAUUAAUUCAUCAACUGAAACUAUAUGUGAAGAGGAAACUACUGAACAGGAUAGUAUGAUGCAGACUACAAUUGGAAACUCGGAAAACAUGAAACCGAAGAGAUCUAUUAUGAAUUUAACAGAUAUUAUUAUCCUGGAAGUACAUGCUUAUUUAACUGCAUACAUAGUAUAUGAACAAUCUUUUAUGGAAGAAGAGGCGUCAUGCAUGGAACUGAUUAAAUUUGGUGACACUGUGUGUACUUACGUAGACCACUUGUUUACAGAAGUUAUUCAAGCGUUUCCAAAUUCAGCCUAUCAACAGUGCACAUUUAAGCUAGAAAAUGUCAGCUGGUUGGAUGCAGUCCUGGAAUUAUGGUUUAACGCAUCAAGUAUCCGUCAGUGGUUGAAACAAAAUGAAUCUGUCAAUUUUUUACACCUUCUUAAAGGUGAUUUAAUUCGUGCAAUACAUGCCACACCAUAUAUGCACGGCAAUGAAUUCAAAUUGUUGGAUAACCAAUUAUCAGUACAUAAAAUAAAAUAUUUUAAAAAUGGAUCAAACAGACUUACAAGAAGUGUCAUAUUGUUGAACGUCAUAAGCAUAACUCUGUUUCACGUAUUUUGUAUCAUUUUUUUUAAACAUAUAUCAUCUCAGUAA